AUGUGGCCGAAUAAUUACGGCGUCUGGGUCGACGAAUUUGAGGCGCUAGACCUGGCGGACUGUCUAGACUACGUUUGGCAAAAAGCCGUGGUGUAUUUAGACGACGGAAAGCAAAAGUAUCUGGACCGGCCGUAUGGGAGAGUGAGUCGGCGAGCUCUAAAGAUGAAGAUGGCGUCGCAAUGCAUCAAGAAUGGAGUCACAUUUCACGCGGCUAAGGUUGACAGCGUGGAGCACACAGCAGACAGCUCGGUGGUGCGAUGCAGCGACGGCACCGAGAUCAGAGCGGCCGUGGUGCUGGACGCCACAGGCUUCUCGCGGCGCCUCGUGCAGUGCUCACAGCCGUACAACCCGGGCUACCAGGCCGCGUGGGGAAUCGUUGCCGAGGUGGAUUCGCAUCCGUUCGAGCUGGACCAGAUGGUGUUCAUGGACUGGCGGGACUCGCAUCUCACCCCGGGCACGCCCAUGCACAAGAGCAACGCCGACCUCCCCACCUUCCUCUACGCCAUGCCCCUCUCCCCGACCACCGUCUUUCUAGAGGAGACGUCGCUAGUGGCGCGGCCAGCCGUGGCGUUUGACGAGAUCCAAAGGCGCCUGGAGAAGCGCCUGGCGCAUCUGGGGAUUAAAGUGAACGCCAUCACCGAGCAAGAGUACUGCCUCAUCCCCAUGGGCGGUGUGCUGCCAGACAUGCCACAACGUGUGCUGGGGAUAGGAGGCACAGCGGGCAUGGUCCACCCCUCCACUGGCUACAUGGUGGCGCGGACGCUGGCAGCAGCGCCAGUGGUGGCGGCGGCGAUAGUGAAGCAGCUGGAGCGGGAGGGGCGGGAGCAGGGCGAGCGGAGGGGCGGCGACAGCUUGUCAGCGCGCGUGUGGGAGGACGUGUGGCCGCUGUGGCGCAAGGAGCAGCGCGAGUUCUUCUGCUUCGGCAUGGACGUGCUGUUAAGGCUGGAUCUAGCAGGCAACCGGCGGUUCUUUGACGCCUUCUUUGACCUCACGCCCUACCAGUGGCACGGCUUCCUCUCCUCUCGCCUCAACAUCGUCGAGCUCAUCUCGUUUGGUCUAUCACUCUUCAAGAACGCCUCCAACCCAGCACGGAUUGAGAUCAUGGCCAAGGGGCUACCUGGCCUUGGCACACUCAUUCAAAACGUCGUCAAGAUGCGUGUCUAG